UCCUUGGGGAUAAAAUAUGGGGAAUAUCUAAGCGCCUCAUUAAAUAUCUGAAAAAUACGGGAUUAAUGGAGAGGGUACAGGUUUUUCAGUUUUUAUUUAUUUAUUUUUUAAAUUGGUUUUGUUUUUUUAUUGGUCUUUAGUCACAUGACCGGAACAAAACAAACGCGGACUUCCUGUUGCUGCACGUUGCCUCUCAGCUCAGUACCACCAACAAACCUCCGCUGCGCCGUAAAACUACAAAAAACAAGACACAGAUAAAUCGCAAACAUGCCGAAAGCCAAGAAGUCAGGAAAGAGAAAGAGGUUCGACUACAACCAAGACCGGAAGAAGAUGAAGAAAAAGUUCCUGAAGAAAUGCAACCCGAGGAUAGAAAACCCACAGAUUCGAAAUGCUUGGGACGACAAGAAAUCCAUGGCCAGGAACCUACAGGCGAUGGGUCUGGCGUUUGAUCCAAAUCGCACUGUGCCAAUAAAGAAAAAGAGUCUCCUCGGUGAAGACAGAGAGACCAAAGCUUCCGUCAACAUGGUGACCAAGCCCUACGUUCUCAACCAGCUGGAAGAGGAGGCCAACCGCCCAGAGAAAGACUGCAAGACGUUAUCCUCUGACCUGAUUGAGUAUGCUCAGUACAUGAUCCGAGAACACAGCGACGACUACAAGGCGAUGGCCAGAGAUGAGAAGAACUAUUACCAGGACACACCCAAACAGAUCAAGAGGAAAAUCAACGAGUACAAGCGCUGCCACCCGGAGCACUACGACGCAUUCAUCAGCUCGCUGGCAGCUCCACAGCCGAUGGUGCAGUAGAGGGAUUGUGGACCCUGUUCUGGACUUAAUAUCGUUCUCUCUAUCAGGAGGAGAUGGACCUCAUUCUGGAGAGCAGUGCAGACGGGACAUUCACAGAAAGUGUCCAGGAUGUCUGGGAGCAAUGAGUGACGAGUUCCUGUGUCUUGUUACAGAUUUUCUUCUCUGAUUUUUGUUCUGAUUUUAUUUUUUCCUAUUUGGAAGAUUGUCCUGACCUCAGUGUGUGUUCUGUGUGAUGAAUGUCAAACGUGAUUUACUGAGAAGCAUUUUGUAAUGUAUCAUUUAAACACCUUGACGCUCA